GUAGUCCGUUUCAGACCUUGCAUUAACAAGUCGAGCGUCAAACGCCUAUCCUUGUAUCACAACUACAGGUCGGAGCCAUGCAGAAUCAGAUCCACAGUCCCAACCUGGCUCGAUAUGUGAUACAGAGGUAAUUAAAUGUCAUCCAGGUAAUAUGCCACCACUACAUUUUACCUUGGUUUGUUAUAGCUCCGACGUCAUUUCUGACUUGCGAAUCAACGUCUUUGAGGAGGGUCACGACAAUGUCAUGUGGUACAAGGAAAGGUUCCUAGGGGACGAUGAGAUCAUUGAGCAUGUCGUGCACAACCAAACAUCGACGAUAUGCUGGACAAUCCACAAGCCAAAGCGCGGGUGGUAUAUCCGCAUCCGUGCACCAUCAUUUCCCCCGGGCGUCUCCAUAUCCCUCCUUCCUAUUCCCCGCACGUCCCCUAAUCAUACAGACGCCGCCGCACUGUCCUUAUCAUGUCUUACGAACACCACCUCUACUGUGGUACACUCACCCAGUACCUCGAAGAUGUCCAUAGAUAGCACAUCGACAGUGCACUCUUAUCCUCCAACACCGCCCCCGGCCUCCAUCAUGAUCACCCCGCCUACACCAAAAAGCAUCAGUGCACGGUUGGAGGAAAUAUCCCCGUCCCCCAUUUCAGUACAGAAACGCGCCUCUUGUUCUGAGGCAACACAAUUCUUGUUGGCACCGCAUUCUACACCACACAUCCCGGGGCCGCAACCAGACGAGCAGACAUCAUUUCUAACACGUGCGCUGUCGAUGUUCAAAAACAACAGGCCUUCGCACUCUGCCUCAUUUACGAUCACGCCACUCAACCGGCCUAGUCCCCAACCGCCUGGUUCAGGACAUCGGAUAUCACAGAUUAUUCCAAUCACCCCGACGCCAUUGUUAACCUUCCAUGAUCGCACACCGUUACUCACCUUGGCGUCGGUGACGGGUCUUCUCGAGAUCAACAGAGCAGAGGAACGUAUAUUGGGAAUUGAUACGAGCUUUUGGAUCGCUGUUGCCUUGGCGUAUUGGGAGUUUUUGGAAGAUAGAGAGGUGAGUAUCUUGCCGACUGCUAAAGCACCUGGCGCCGUCCACCUAUCACUGUCUCUUCGGCAGUUCAUUUUUCUACACCGAUUCUUUGAAUAUUCUCGCUGACACAUUCCUUGUAUAGAGCUACCUGGCUGCAGUCAGUGAUUAAACUCAGUCUCAUAUACCCGUACCCUGCUGUUCACUUGCUGUUAACGUGCUAUAUUGU